AUGCUUCUUCAGUUGGUUUUGAUCAUUGCAGUCGCCUAUGGCGCUAAUGGUAGAAUCGUAACGGAUGAAUAUGAAGUUACGACUGAUCACUUCGUGCUGAUGGCAAGUGAAAGAGAUGGCGUGCAUUUAGUAAAUCUGAAGUACCAGCCUCCCAAUACGGAUGUUUCGGAUAAAGAUUUGAUGGUGUACUUGUUUACAAGGGCGAAUACUCGGGAAGGCUUUCAGAUUAAGGCUGAGGGUUUCAGCGGGGCCAUUAAAUCGCAAUACUUCGAUGCUAACAAGAUUAGCUUGUUCGUUAAUCACGGAUACGGUGGGAAUUACUUGGGCGGAGCCAAUAGAGCUAUACGAGAUGCCAUUCUGUCUAAACACGACGUUAAUGUAUUUCUGGUCGAUUCUGCGAAGGCCAGGGAGUUUUACACAACCGCCGUGCUCUGUGCACCAGGUGUCAGCAAAAGAGAAGCUGAAUUUAUCAGGAAAUUUGCAGACUUCAAUGAAGUUCCAUAUGAUAAAAUACAUUUGGCUGGACACAGUUUAGGAGCUCACGUAUCCGGAGGUGUUGGCGCUCAGUUGGAUGGCAAAGUUAGAAGCAUCCUGGGCCUGGACCCAGCGCUCCCUUUGUUUUCUUACAACAAUACCGAAACACGGCUGGACGUAACUGAUGGCCAGUUUGUGCAAGUUAUCCACACGAACGCUGGCUUGAAAGGGUUUAGUAGUUCCAUCGGACACGCGGAUUAUUUUCCCAAUGGGGGUGGCAUGAAUCAGCCAGGAUGCGGCACAGACUUACUAGGAUCUUGUGCUCAUGCCAGAGUUUACAACCUCUAUAAGGAGUCUGUACUUACGUCCGGAUUUCUAGCGAAACGUUGCGAUAGCUAUGAAAACUUUAAAGCAGGCCUCUGCGACCACAACCCAACAUCUCUCAUGGGAGAAUUCCCUUUGGACACUAGGGCUAAAGGAGAUUACUAUCUGGACACGGCGGCAGCAGAACCUUUCGCUUUAAUAUAA